ACGAGAGUGAAGUCAUACCUGCCUGUUCUGAGGAGUACAAGAGAGACAAAGGUCGAGGGUGAAUUAGUAUAGCAUCCAGGAAAUCAAGUGCCUUUCAGACCAAGAAAACUUCAACAAAUGGGAGAAAACGAUCGAUUAAAAAGCCCUUCAAUUCCAAUUGAAAAGCUGCGCCAAGAUAUUUUAAUUAUUAUUCGUGAUGACUUGGAGACUAGCUUUCGGUCUCAGCAGUGUAUCUAUGAAGUUCCUUCAGCACUUCGUGAUCGAAAGGUAGAUGCCUACACUCCUCGAGUAAUCUCUAUAGGCCCUAUUCAUCAUUAUAGCGAAAAAUUGGUGGCUAUGGAAAUUCAGAAACGGAGACAUCUGAAAGAAUUUUGUAGACGGAGAGUGGAAAGGGAGCAAGAUGAACUUUUGGAAACACUUCUGAGAACCAUUUCAGGUCAAGAAGAUCUCAUACGCCGUUGCUAUGCAGCUGAUUCCUCGAAGCUUAGCGGCGAUCAGUUUGUGAUGAUGGUUCUGUUAGAUGCUGUAUUCAUCCUCGAGCUCUUCUUGAGGAAUGAAGAAUACCUGGGUGAUAACAGCAAAUAUCAACACGAUUUUAUAAUAGGCCAACCCUGGUUGAGAGCUGCGAUUCGACGAGACUUGAUAUUGCUUGAAAAUCAGCUGCCAUUCUCUACUCUCAAUGAUUUAUAUGAUUGUGCAAUGAGCAAGACCGAUUGCAAAUCUUUCGUAGACCUUUCCUGCCGGUACUUUGAUAAGUACAAAAAGAAUUCCGAGCCCGGCAAAAAAAUUCUACAUUUCACAGAUUUGGUGAGAUGUUUUCUAUCAUUCAAGCACCCGGAUUUAAAAAUUGACAGGGCAGAACCGGUAAAAACUCUUUACAGCGCAACAAUGCUGCAGCAUGCAGGAAUUAAGUUCAAGCCAUUGCCGAAUGUAUCCCUGCUUGACAUUAGAGCCUGGAAACCUCUCUCAAUAGAUCAGACACCGCUUUCAGAUAAGGAAGGUAAGUUACUUAUGCCUUCCCUUGAAAUCGACAACAAUACCGAAUGUCUCCUCCGAAACCUCAUUGCGUUGGAGCAGUUACAUUAUCCAGGAGAAGAGUACAUUUGCCGUUAUCUUAAGCUACUAGAUUUUCUAGUGGAUCUUGAAAACGAUGUGGAUUUGCUCAUCGAAAAUAAAGUUAUUGUUAGCAAGCUAGGUGACAGUAAAGCCGUGGCGGAGCUUAUUAACGGACUUUGUCGGGAAAUGGUAGAAGUUUCUUCCACUUUUGACCCUCUGUCCAAACUGCUGAAUGAUUACUAUGACAGCUCCUGGAAUAAAAACAAGGCGUACUUGGUAAGUGUAUACUUCAAAAAUAUUUGGACAGGAACUGGAACUGUUGUUGGAUCUCUCAUCCUGCUCGUCACCGUGACACGGUUUAUCCUAUACCUUCUGCGUUAUUAGGUCACUACGGUUUCUGGAAAAAGAGUGGUUUGAAGUCUGUAACAUAUAUAGUUUAUCACUUCUGUUAAUCGUGACGUGUGUUGCGCCAGUGCUUGUAGAUUUUGUUUUUCGUUUGAUGUUAUGAAGUUUCGUCAUUCGUGCUGUAAUUCUUUUACUUCAUGGUUAAUAAAUAAUUAUGGUUCGCAUCGAAA